CCGAGCGGAGGGCGGCAAGUGACGAGGGAGGAUGCUGAGCCGGCUUCAGGAGCUGCGCAAAGAGGAGGAGACACUGCUGCGGUUGAAGGCGGCCCUGCACGACCAGCUGAACCGCCUCAAGGUUGAAGAAUUGGCCCUCCAAUCAGUGAUUAGUUCUAGAAGAGGGGAUGAGAUGCUGUCUUCUCAGCCUGCACCUGAACAGUCACACGACAUGUUGGUGCAUGUAGACAAUGAAGCAUCAAUCAACCAAACUGCACUGGAGUUGAGUACAAGGAGCCAUGUGACAGAAGAGGAAGAAGAGGAGGAAGAAGAAUCAGAUUCCUAAAAGGGGGAAAGAGCCAGGGCUAGUUAUACAAAUUAAAUUUGUAAGUCUCAGGCA